AAAACGGUUCCAGAGCUGGUGGCGGGCACAGGCUCAAUGUUUUGUCGCGCGCGCUCCUCAGUUGUUGUGUAUCUUCCGUCGAGACGUGUCGAGCGUGAGUGAGCGUGAGGAGGCGGUGUGUGUAUUGCGUUGCCACCCCCGAAACCAGAAACCAGCACCAGAACUCCGUGGACGCACAAGAUGCUGAUAGGAAACGUGAAACCAAAGCCAAUGACAAAAGCAAAACAAUCUAUUCAAUGAAGCACCGCGAGUGAAACUUCAGUCUAAUCUACUUUUAAAAGUUAAUUUAAAUUCUAUUUAUGUAUUUAUAAUAAACCUAAUUUAUUUAUUUAUUUAACUUAUUCAACAAAAACCUUCUAAAUCAUCUAAACAAUCGAUCAGUAUAACUUCAUCACCAACGUUCGAGUCAGUAAAUUUAAACAACCUAAUUUAUUUCGAAACAACCCCAAGUCAACAACUUUACAAUCAACUAAACGAAAGUAAACGAUUUGUUUUAAAAAACCCUUCAGAAGCAUAACCAAACUAAACAAACGACAGCAAAGUACAAAUUACAGUCUAAAAACAAAACAAACAAAAAAAUCAUUCACCAAACACACCAAAUCAGUAAUAACAAAACAAAAAUCAAGCAGUUGUGCGCGAAAUAGCGAACCAUAAAUCCGUAGUCUGAGUGAAAAGCAAAUUUACCAAAAAAAGAAAAGUAAUAUAUUAGAUCAAAAAGUAACAACAACCGUGUUGACAAUAAGUUGGUCCCCAAAACAAAAAGAGGAAAUACGUAAACGAGGCACAAAUCUUUUGAAAACCGCGCCAAAGUCAGUAUUAUUUUGAUCGUCAUACAAAUCGCCACAACAAAACAAAACAAACAAGUACAAAACAUAAAGCCAGCAGUAAACAAAUCAGUAAAUCAUAGCAAAAAACAAAACAAAAAUAGUCUAAAUUUCGCGCAACGCCGUUGCGCGCCAACCGUGUUCAAAAACUGUUACCUUUGGCGCCACCCUAAGAAGUGUGAAAAGUGGUGAACGAGAAGAAAGAAGUUUACUUAUUUUUGAUACGUGAAGAGAAGAAAACAAUAUUUACCUGAACAAACCCAGUGAAAAAAAAGUAAUUAAACAGAGGAAACAGUAGUGAAAAAUAUACCAAAUUUGUGGAUUGUUUUAACGAAGGCAGAGUGUUUAAUAUAGUGACAGUGUUCAAAAUCUACCUCUCAGAGAACAAGAGUACACAGAGAUUUAGCGAGCUUUGAAGAACUACAGUUUACGUUGUUUUGGAACGCAAGAACUUUCGGUUUCUCUAGUCUAGUGAACGUUUUUUGUGUGGAAAGUUGGGGAAGAGACACUUUGACUUUGUGAAUGUAAACAAAACGUGAACCUAAGAUGUAGUAUGACAUCAAUGAUGAGUGUUACGACCGCGGAGGAAAGUACCGACCAUAGUUUACCUUCGUUUGCCUCUUUUACCGCCGAGCUGGAGCCCUCAUGGGACUAUUACGACCGUCAGGAGCGCUCUAAUGGGUCCGCCAACGGUGGUGAUGUGAUAUCGUCGCAAACAAGCAAUAGUAGCUAUACGAGACCUUGGGAAAUGGAGACCAAGGACCAGCGAGCAAUUGUCACCAACGGUGGUGGUGGUGGAGGCGGUUUUGAGCCGUUCCCCAAGCUACCGUCGUUCCAGAGUCAAUUUCAUGGAUAUUCGGAAACGGCCAUGGCCACCGAGCCUAGUUUACCACAGGUUACCGCCGUUCCGGUACCGAUCUCACCGAGUUCGGCCUCGCCCAACACGGGUGGUGGGUCGCUAACGCAGCUGACACAGCUAACGCCAACCCCGCUAACGCCUCUUCAAGGUGGACUAACGUCCAUCGGAGGUUCGAGCUUUCACACGCUCAGUGCUGUCAAUCCACGUCCGUACCCACUAGUACCUGCCCCAAUUCAGGCCCGUGAUAUCCAAACCAUCAACCAUCAGUACAUUGACGAGCGUCACAUACAGCUGUACCAGCCGAUCUCGAGCUUUCAACCUCAACCCCUGCCCACCACGGUCACGGUCAUCAAGAACGAAGUGGUGGACUUUGACCUGUCCCACCUGAAGAAUGGAACGCUGCACCACAGCAACUUCCAGAACCCACUGCUGGACAACAACAUCUUCUCCCACAACGGAAUGCAUGCCCAGACAACGCCCCACCAUCAGACCCAACUGCACCAUGGUCAUCAUCACCAGCUGCAUCAACCCCACCAGCCAAACUUGGUGUCCCCCUCGGUCGUACAGGACCACCACAUCACCAACAACAGCAAACAGCACCAGCAGCAGCAGCACCAACAGCAGCACCUGACCAGCUCCACCACGAUCGGCACGCCCGGUCGGCUGGACAGCAGCACCCAGCAGUCCCAGUCACCGCAGAUAACACGGAUCGCUGACAAUCGGAAAAAAGAACGGCGGAAAAUACGAGCCCCCUCGCUCGAGUCCACCAGUGCCGAGUCCGAGGGCAGUGCAAUGGAUAUUGGCGACAGUGGCAAUCCGGGACAGGUCGCGGCCAUCUCGAGUACGGCCAACUUCAAGAGCCCGAUGCACACCAUGAGCAUGGACACCGACGACGGCGGCAUGCCGGGCGAGAAGACGACCAAGAAGAAGCGCAAGCGCUGCGGCGAGUGCGUCGGCUGCUCGCGCAAGGAAAACUGCGGCGAGUGCGCGCCCUGCCGGAACGACAAGAGCCACCAGAUCUGCAAGACGCGGCGCUGCGAGAAGCUCACCGAGAAGAAGAUCUUGUACGGACCCGACGGGCAACUGUUGAAGCCGGAAUCGCGACGAGGUCGCGGCAAGGGACGAACGUCGAAGAAAAAGGAUGCUGAAAACGGCAAUGCAGCAGCAGGAGCUACCACUGAUGCCAAUGGAGCGGUCGUGACGUACGACGCCAACGGGAACCCGAUCCGGGACGGAAAACGUGGCCGCGGACGAGGACGCGGUGGCGGGAGUGGACGCGGACGUAAGGCGCUGAAUCUUGGCGCUACCCCGAAGAAUCUGCCCCAGAGCAACACGUCGGCGAGCAGUCCGGCGCCGGCUUCGUUGCCGCACCCAUCGCCGAACACGACUACCGGUGGAGCGGCCGGGCCGCCCAAUGUUGUGCAGUCCAGCCAGCUGGUGACCGUUUCCGGUGCCCAGACAGGUGUCAAUCUGCUUGCCAGCCAGCCAACCCAAGCUCUGCAGCAGCAGCAGCAGGUUGCCCAAACUAAUCCGGGUCUGACGCAGCAGCAGCAGUCAGCUCCACAACAGCAGGCUCCCCAGCAAACACCACAGCAAGUGCCAACCGGUAUAAUCAAAGCCGACACGAUGAAGGAUCAACCACAACAGCCGAUGGCACCGAUGGCGUUCUACCCGACCUGGCAGGCCGACCCGUCCCAGGGCUGGCAGAACCAGUUCAUCCAGCAGAUUCCGCAAAACACUCCCGCCAUCACGCCGCUGAACUCGCUCGAGUUCCAGCCACAGGGUUACGCUGCGUACCAACCGAACGGCUACGUGCAAACCGCCGGCAUCGGGUUCGACCCGAACUACGGUCGGACGUACGCGGCCCCACCCACCGUACAGCGGUACGAGUUUCAAACCAACCAGAUCACCCCCAUCAACCAGGUGUCGCUGCAGAGCGUCUCGUUCGCACCGACCGUAACGUACGCCGGCCAGGUCUCGACCGGCCCGGCGACCGUCGUGUCCCACAAUCCGCACGCGGCCGACCAGUUCAAUCUGCAGCUCGCCAAGCAGACGUCGGGAAACGACAUGCCUGGAUAUCCACGGGUGAACAGCGUACCGCCGCGCUCACUCAAUUGUAAUGGAUAUUCAGGCCAACAAGAAUAUGGCGGCCAAACCACGACCCAAGCCAGCUCGGCUAACGCGACCAACGUAACGAACGCCAACGGAACAUCCACCAGCACCGGCGCCACCACAGCCCCGAUGCAUCCUCCGGCGCAAGUUCCGCAGUCGCCGAACCGGCAAACCCAACAACAACAGCAACCCCCACGUCCCAACUCGAACCAGCAGCUGUACGCGCAGCAAUCGCCCAACCCGUACAACGGCAACAACAACAACACCGCGUUGCAGCAGUCACCCAACCACAACAACAACAACAACGGUGGCGCCAACAGCAACGUGUACGCCCAGCAAACGCAUACCGGCAUGCACACCCCGUCGCCGAUGCAAACACCAGACAAUCACGCGUCGCCGAACCACAUGAACGGAAGUGGCCAACAGCAGCAGGGUCAGGACUGGGGCUGGAACCAGCAACAACAGCAGCAGCAGCAACAGUCGGCCGAUCUGUUCAACCAGUCGGACCGGGUGAAUUUGAACUCGCGGAUAAAAACGAUGAUCAUGAACAAGGGCGACCCCAAGGACAUCGGACAACAGCAGCAGCAGCAGCAGCACAUGGGUCACCUCGGUGGCCAGGGACCGGCUUCGCAGCAACAGCAGACCGGUCAUUUUUUAUCGUAUAGCCACCAUCUCCGAGACAGUCUAACGCCUACGGCUGGCGUCCAGUCGCCGGCACCGAACUCAGCCAUGAUGGGAGCGGGCAGUGUAGGCGGCAGUAAUAGUGCAUCCAACAACGAUGGAACUAUCGGAGAUGGUGGCGGCGGGCUGAUCAACAGCAUCAGCAACAUUGUCGAUCCCAACUGGAAGCAGAGUAGCAAAUCUCCGGGAAUUGGAAUAGAGAGCAAUAGCGGAGGAGCAAACAGAGCAGAGCACGAGCAGCAUCACCACCAUCACGGAGCAAUGAUGGGCGGUGAGUUGCACCACGGUAGUAAGCAUCAGGGUUUUGAGCAGAAGCAGCAACUAAUCGACAAGAAUAAUACUGAUCCAGGAGGUGGCGGCGGACACCAUCACGAUAGCGGUGGCGGCGGCGGCGGACAUGACAUUAAGCAUAAGCUAAACUCCUCCAAAUCGUCGUCUUCAUCAUCGUCCUCCUCCUCGAAAUCCAAGAGCAGUAGCCAUAAGGGUAGCGAUAAGCAUAGCAAAUCGAAAAACAAUCAUCAUCUCGACAUGAAUCAACAAAUAGACUCUAACAAAUCUUCCAAUAAUCUUAAUAGCUAUUCAAGUAGUAGUUUUAUGAACGAACAUCACUCGUCGUCAUCUUCGUCGUCGUCGCCGUAUCCGAAUCUUAAUCAAACAUAUCCAGCUACCAAUCAUCAUAGCAGCAACAGCAGUAGUAGUAGUAGUGGUGGUGGUAACCUCGGUGGCUACCCGAGCCACCUGGACACCAAACUGGACGACAAGAGUCCACUGAACCGAUUCCGACAUGACAACCUAAACAGCGGCUUCAAUCCGCACCUACCGCAUCAGCAAUCGUCGGCAGGGGCGUUCCACCAUCCGGCAGGUGGUGGCGCUGCCUCCGGUAGCACAGCCUCCAGUUACAACCUGAUGAGCGUAAAGAAGGAGCCCGGCCUGCUGGACGAUGGCCAGCCGGCACCAAAGUUCGACGGGUACGAGAAGAAUUACCAAAACUUCAUUCGCUACGGCGACUACAACGAUAGCAGCCAGCCGCCGCAAAGCCAACCGCCGCAGCACGGCAGUUCUAGUCUACCCGGUGCCACCAAGUCCGAGUACAACAGCUACUACUCCCCCUACGGUAGCUACCCGGGAUACCAAAACUAUCCCAACUACCACAACCAGAACUUCAACAGCACUUCCAGCACGCUUUCCUCGACGCCGGAAACGAGCAUCCCCCUUCCGGCCAUAACCACCCCAGUCGCUCAUCAAACCAACUUCGAGCAGCAAAUCCCAGCCCACACCUACCCAAUCCCCAAGAACAGCAACCUACCCCAACCGGACGUCCCCAUCAAGCUGGAAGCGGAGGAUAACUCGUAUCUCAACGCCGGUUCGGCCACCCCGAUCGAUCCCCUACUAAACGAACCUCCGCCAAGCAAGUCCGCCCCUCUCGCACCGGAAAUCACCCCGGAACCGGAGCUACCACUACCCGCGGCCCAAACCACGCCAACUCCCACCACCGGCAAGUCCAAAAAGUCCGACAAGAAGGACAAAGCAAACAAAGAGGCUGCCGGCGGCGAAGUUGAGAUCAAAACCGAGGGCGGUACCACCUCCGGUGGCAAAUCCAAGAAGAAGGAACCCAAAGCAUCCAAGAAAGAGCAGGAAGCCGCCGCGGCCAAGCAGGCCGAGGACGAAAAGCUCGAGAAGGCACACAAGCCGGAAGCUCCGGACUGCGAUUGCUUCAACUCCACCGACAACAAGGCACCGUCCGAGCCGGGAAGCUACUACACGCAUCUAGGUUCCGCCAGCACGCUCGAGGAGCUGCGCCGCGAGACGGAAGCUCGCGUCGGCCUGACCGGCAAGCAGCUGCGGAUAGAGAAGGUCGUGUACACCGGCAAGGAGGGCAAGAGCAGCCAGGGCUGCCCCAUCGCCAAGUGGGUCAUCCGGCGCGUCGACCAGGAGGAGAAGCUACUGUUCGUGGUCAAGCGAAGACAAGGGCAUCGGUGCAAGGCAUCCUUCAUUGUGAUAUGUAUCGUCGUGUGGGACGGCAUCCCGACGCAGGAAGCCGACAGCGUCUACCGGAUGCUGGCGGUCAAGCUGAACAAGUACGGUCUGCCGACGGUGCGUCGCUGCGCGACGAACGAGAACCGAACCUGCGCUUGCCAGGGUCUGGACCCGGAAACGUGCGGCGUGUCGUACAGCUUCGGCUGCAGCUGGUCCAUGUACUACAACGGGUGCAAGUACGCGCGCUCCAAGACGGUGCGCAAGUUCCGCCUGUCCGUCAAGAACGAGGAGGCGGAGAUCGAGGAGCGCAUGAACGUGCUCGCCACGAUGCUGAGUCCGCUGUACGUGACGGUCGCGCCGCAAGCCUUCCAGAACCAGGUGCAGUACGAGCGGGAGGCGCCCGACUGUCGGCUGGGCCUCAAGCCCGGCAAGCCUUUUUCAGGUGUCACUUGCUGUUUGGACUUUUGCGCCCACACCCACCGUGAUUUGCACAACAUGCAGGACGGGUGUACGGUGCAGGUUACGCUGCUGAAGCCACUACCGCCGGGCGUCAAGCCCGACGACGAGCAGCUGCACAUACUGCCGCUGUACACGAUGGACACGACGGACGAGUUCGACAGCGAGGAGGGCCAGAAGAAGAAGGCCGAAACCGGAGCCGUGCAAGUGCUGGAGAAAUUCACUACCGAAGUUCGCGUGCGGUCCACUCCGUUGCAACCGUGUCGGCGGCACGGCAAGAAGCGUGGCAAUGGCAAGGACGAGAAGAACAAAGACGGAAACAGCUCGAACAAUGAGGAUUCCGUGCCGGAAACGCCGCCACCUCCACCGCCGCCGACCAAGAAGGAAAGCAAGUCGAAGAGCAAGAAGGGAUCGUCAAACAGUGGUGCGACCAACACGACGACCAACAGCAAUGGUAGCAACUCGAACGGCAGCAACAGCAACCAGAACAGUCAGAGUUCGACCGGAUCGGGCUCACCGCGGGCGCAGACCCCCGGUAAUAACAGCACAAAGUCUAGCGGAUCGGCUGGAAGUGGUAGCGGCGGCGGCGGUGGUAGCGUUGUGCCGAAUGUUCCUAACAAAGCUGGCAAUGGGCAGGUACCGGCAGCCGUACCAAACAACGGUUCGACUAGUGCGUUCACGGCACCUAACAAUAUCAACUCUCCGAACAAUAACGGAGGUACGAGCACGCUGGUUGACAUGGCGUCCAUGAUUGACAACUUUACGGAUGCGCAACUUCAGUCGAAUCAGAUCUCCAGCACGGUGCUUGACUCGCCGUACAGCUAUGACUACAACACCGGUCAGUACAUCGACAAUCGGCAGUACUACAACAACUGGCCAACGGAUUACUACGGCAACAGGACUGAUCCUAGCAAGAUGUUGGGAAGAAACGAGGAGAUCCCAGACACUACGACUCGUCCAGGCAGCAACAGCAGCAACUCUGCGUUCAGCCCAAGCAUCCCGGACCCAACAAAGACGCCAACGCCGAUCCACAUGGAUGACUACAGUGCAACCAAGUUGAGUCAGCAGCAAAGCCAAAACACGUACCACACGCUCCAACAGCCAGAGCAAGGCUUCGUCAAGCCCAAACCUCCAGAUUACAAUCCCGGCUACGGCUACCACCCGAACACCGCCAUGAGCUACGGUUACCAUCCACCGUACACCCCGUACGAUCCGUACCAGAACUACAACUACGGCUAUCCCCCGCAGAGCUACCACCCAACAUAUCACAACAUGUACCCUGCCACGCAGACCCAACUAGCGGGAACCGGUCCCGCGCCUCCACCACCGCCAACCGCGGUCAUCCCAGCUCCACCACCACCCUCCAACUGGAACCUCUACCCACCCCACCCUCACCACCAAUCCCACAUCGCCCCAACUACCGCCUCCCAGCUGCACGCGUCCCACCUCGGUUCCAAGCAGCAAGAUCUCACCCCGGUCAUGCAGCAGGCCGUCCAACCGCCGGCCCCUCCCCCACCCCCGAAGGAAACCCUCGGCGAGGUGACCGAAUCCAACGAGAACACCGACUGCUUCGAGGACCCCCAGAUGGGCGGAGUGGCGAUCGCGCUACCCCACGGCAGCGUCGUCAUCGAGUGCGCCAAGCUGGAGAUGCACUCGACGACGGCCGUCAAGAAGCCGAACCGCCUCAACCCCACCCGGAUGACGCUCAUCUUCUACCAGCACCGGAACCUGAACCGGCCGAAGCACGGUAUCGCCGAGUGGGCGGAAAAGAUGCGCCUCAAGAAGCUGGGCCUGGCGGUGAACGACCCGAUCGACGACAAGGACAUGCUGCUGGACGACAUCAAGGCGGAACCGCUGGACGAGCUGCACCACAUGCGGCACAUUGGGGAUGAACACGACAUGAUGGACGUGGAGUACUCGGGUGUCUAGUGGUGAGAGAAGAAUCUGCCGCCAGGUCGACCAACACUGGACGAGCAGAUUACGGAAAAAACCACCACCCCCAAUACCACCAACCCCUACUCGGCAUCGGCCCUGUCGAUGCCGGCGGCGGCGUCGGUUCCAUUGGUGUCACAGCAGCAGCUGCCGCAGCAACAGUCUAGUUCCAGAUCGUACCACCACCAGCAGGCGUCGCUGUCACACCAAUGGCUUCCCCCGGCGGGACUGCAGAGCCAGUCGCACCACCACCAUCACCACCACGAUCGGCACGAUCCCAACCAGUACUACUACUACUACUACUAUUGAGCGGAAGCUGUGCUGCGGAUCUUGGUUGAUGAAAGGUUCGGACCUUCGAGAGGGAGAACAAUACACGUACGCUCCAGUAUUUUUGAACGAAAGGAAAGACAAAAGACAAAACACAAAUUGGUUUGUUCUUUUUUUAAGCUUAAGAUUUAUGUUUUUUUAAAAAAGGUUAGUUUGUUGUACUAUACAUUUUACUUUGUGAUAAGCAUUUGGGUUGAGUUUUGCCCAGUCAGUGCUCAAAUCUCUUCUCACUUGUUUUAGUUUUAUACUGUGAAACCUCAAAACAAAAAUCUCAAUUUCUCGUUAGUUUCUCAAAGAUCAAAACAUACACAAACAAGCACACCCUCACUAACACACUCACACGCUACUCUGUAAACAGAAAAAGGGAGUAUAUCAAACUUUUGAACAGAAAUCAAAUAUUUUAGAGAAAACGAAAAUAGCAAAUUUAACGUAAACAAAAAAAAAAAACAAAAAGUCUAUAUCGAAGCCAAAAGUACAAAACAAACAAAUUGUUAACACUCACACAAACAAGCAAAAAAAAUCUGACUGUUUGAUCCUCACACACACAAUCUUGAACCUUCUCGAAAUUGUGUUAAAAAAAAUGCGAGAAACCAACAAAUUUUCUUUCCAAAACUUCAAAAAUACUUGCUGUUCGCGACACACUCCUGCAUUAAUCUUCUUGAUUCUUUGCUGCUUAGUAAAACAAAAAGACAAAACCAUCAACAAAACUUACUACCAAAAUGACGCAAAACAAACAAACGAAACUGCUCUCGUUCUAAAAGAAAGAAAGAAAAAAACUCUCAACAUUUUUUCCCCACGGGAAACGGAAAACCAAGUUCUUCCUGCCCCCCUUGGGAGAACACACAACACGUGCGCUCUAGCUCCAAUUUACCGCGCCAACUUUGCUUCUAAGUGAAAGAUCACACACUUUUUAAACUAAUCAAUUCGAAGCUGUUAUAGAAUUUUGAUUUUUCUGUACAUACGAAACCCCUUUUUCCAAUCUUUACUCGUUCUUAGGCCAACCAACUAGUAAUAUUUAAGAUUUUUCCCAUAAUUUUAUACACAAACACACACAUUUCCUAGGUUAAAUCAUUUCAUACUUUCCCGCCGUCACGUCAUUGACGGUGCCUCCCCUCCCCCAUUUUUUAUCUAGUUUGUUAGGUUUAAUGAAAAAAAAGUACGCAAGUAAGAAUCGCAACAAGCAAGCAAACGCAAAUGCUUUUGCAGCGAACGGAAAUAUUUCAAAGAUGGAAAGUAUUAAUAUUUUAAUUAAUGUAGUUUACUUUUUUCUUGUUUUUGUCGUAUUUUUGUAGUAUUUGUACACAAUUCUUUUUAAAAAUAUUUAUCGUUUUACCACCCCUUUUAAAAGUAAAAUCGUCGUGAACUGAAACAAAUAAAAGACAACACAACACACCCCGUGAAGCCGUAACUCGAAUCAGUUUUAUCAAAUAAAAGAACUGAGCAAAAACAAAACAAACAAAUGCCCCCCUCCUCCCCUAUCUCAUCGUAAGUUAGGAUGAAACAUGCUAGUUUUUCUUUUUCGUUUUUUUGUUUAAUUCUGCAAAGGAAUCAAAUCAUCAAUUAUUUAAAACCAACUCUUAUUUAACUAUUUAUUGCAACACUCACACACGGUAACGAAGUGAAUCUAUUCAAAGAAAAUCACAAACAAACACACACACACUUAAGCAUAUAAGUACAGCGAUUAUUCGUCAUUAAAAUUAUACGUUAGUUUGUAAGAGUAUCAUUUUUUUGCUUCGUGCACUCGAAGUAGUCUCGUACCGAUUAAGUUAGGAUCGCGCUUAAGUUUUGGCCAUACCAAGAGCAAAUCCAAACAUUUCUGUUGAUGUUUGUGCUUUUAAUUUUCCCCCUUUUUGCUUUCUUUUCUCA